AAAAAUAUCAAAUUGACGAGAAUUAAGGUUAAGUUAGCUCAGAAUUUCAAAACACAAAUUAAAAGCAAAGUUAUUAAUUAUCAUCGCUAAUUUGAUAUGACAUUUUAAUUUUUUCGGAUUUAGAUUUUAUUUCAAUAUGUUUAGGAGUUUAGUAAACAUACUUGGUAAACAAGCGAAAAAUGCGAUCCCCCAUAAAACUUUUACUCGAAAUAUAGGUCUUAUUCCAAUAGUUGUAGAACAAACGGGUCGAGGUGAACGAUCUUAUGAUAUUUACUCGAGACUGCUCAAGGAAAGAAUAAUAUGCUUAAUGGGCCCCUCGGAAUCGUCUAGCAAGCCAAUACAUUUGUACAUUAAUUCGCCAGGAGGGAGUGUAACAGCAGGAUUGGGAAUAUACGAUACGAUGCAGUACAUACUACCCCCAAUAGCUACAUGGUGUGUUGGGCAAGCAUGUAGUAUGGCAUCUUUGUUACUAGCAGCUGGUACUCCAGGAAUGAGGCAUUCAUUACCGAAUGCUAGAAUUAUGAUACACCAACCAUCAGGGGGUGCACAGGGCCAAGCAACUGAUAUACAAAUCCAAGCUGAAGAGAUUAUGAAGCUUAAAAGGCAAAUCAAUCAACUUUACGUUAAACACACGGGGCUAGAGUUGGCUACGAUCGAAAGAAAUAUUGAAAGGGACAAUUUCAUGAGUCCUGAAGAGGCGAAGAAAUUCGGUUUAAUAGACAAAGUUCUGUCCAAGCCUUCAAAAGAUGAAAUAGACUUUGUUGCUAGUAUAAUUGUUGGGGAAAAUUUGACAAGUGCCUCUCUACAGGGCGAAGAGGUAGCUAGAUGGGCUAGAACAAUCGGCAAUGAAUUGUGGAGAUUGGGCCAAAAAAUAACCAGACAUGCUGAAAUACAAAACGGAUACACUUUCCAAAACGCCAAAGUUAAAGAAACAAACCCCGCUUCCCUUUUAACGGAAAUCAAAGCAAAUAUGUCGAUUAUGAUAAAUAGAAAAAUACAUGCCAUAAAGGAAAUUCAAGAAAAAGCCGAAAUGGUGGCCGAGUCAUUUACACCGAGCGAAAAUUUCACCUACUACAGUUCGAAAUAUUCGCCAGUGGGACAAGAAGUUUUCAAGCCUAUUUACAACAUCUUCAAGAAGAACAAAGGUCUCUACAGGAACAUGACUCUCAACAACGACACGCAUUUUUACAACAUUGCAGUCAAUACAAACUACAGUUCCGUCCACGUUCCUCUGUAUAUUUACGAUAGAGAUCCAAACGUUUCAUUAGCCAUACAAUGGUCAGAAGCUCUGGAUGAGGUCUUCGCCGACAAUUACAAAAUCGAUCCGGCUUUAUCGUGGCAAUACUUCGGAAGCAUGACUGGUAUAAUGAGACACUAUCCAGCACAAAGAUGGGCUGAUAACACCAAAGAAUUGCUGUUAUUCGAUUGCCGGAUUCGCACGUGGUUCAUAGAAGCAGCCACGUGCACUAAAGACAUUGUUAUUUUAAUAGAUAACUCCGGAUCGAUGCGAGGAAUGCCUCACCACAUAGGCGCCAUGACGGCCUUCGCCAUAUUAGACACAUUGUCGAACAACGAUUACGUUAACAUACUCAAUUACACUGUAUACACUAAUUACACGAUUCCCUGUUUCUCCGACAUGUUGGCCCAGGCUACUGAGGAAAACAUCCAGAUGUUCAAAAGGUCCGUUGAAAAGUUGCAGCCCGAAGGGAAGACGCAGGUUUCGCAAGCGCUGGAAGUCGCUUUCAAAUUACUCGCAAAAUACAGGGAGAUGCGAAAGUGCAGCGACGAAAACAGCAACUGCAACCAAGCCAUAAUGAUAAUUACGGACGGAAUUAACGAAGAUAUAACCGAAAUUGUUCAAAAAUACAACCACCUGCACAACGGGACGAACAUCCCGGUUAGGAUAUUCGGCUACCUGGUCGGAAAAGAAGUUACGAAUCCCCCGGAAAUGAAGGAUACGUGCUGCGAAAAUCGAGGUUAUUACACGCCGGUAUCCAGCUUGGAACAAGUCAGCGUUUCCGUUAUUCAGUACGUGAAUGUCAUUGCCAGACCGUUGGUUUUACAAGGGGAGGACCAUCCUGUGUCGUGGACUCACGCUUAUGCGGAUGUCACAUACGACAGAAAAUUGGAUCAAACCGUCAUAGAACCCUACAGACUAUUAACUUCAGUUGCCAUACCCUGCUAUGAUACAAAAAUUAACAAAAUGAAUGACACGAGAACGGCCUAUCUACUCGGUGUCGCAGCCACUGACGUGCCUAUAGAUGAAUUCGAGCGAAUCACAGUACCUUACAAGAUCGGUGUUAACGGAUACGCUUUCAUAGUGAGCAAUAACGGAUACGUUUUAAUGCACCCAGAUCUUAGACCAAUGUUCGCAGGUGUUGCCAAGUUUAACUACAACAGCGUAGACCUCACUCAGGUGGAGCAUCACGUGGACGAGAACCUGAUAGGGCCUCGACAAAUAACGGAAACAGCCCAGAGGCUGAGGCAGGCUAUGGUCGACGGAGAAACGGGCAGUAUAAAAAACGUGACCCUUCGAUAUCACUACGAUAAUAUGAAGAGGGUAUUCGAAGCGAAAUACGAUUAUUACUUCACUCCCAUCGAGAAAACUCCUUUUACAAUCGGAUUGGCCGUUCCUCACCAAACCGGCAUGUAUUCGGUGGAAGUUCGCGAUGAAAUUUGGAACAGCAUACUUACUGGUGAUAAUUUAACCCUACUGUUCACUGGUGAUAAUUGGAGGCUUAAUCGCAAAUGGGUGUACUGCAAGUACCACUAUCUAGAAGGCCACGAAUUCUCGACUCCCGAAAAGGAAUUUCUGCAUUUCGUGCACAAAAUGCACCGCAAUUUCCGGUGGGAAAGUCAAUACGAAAAUGAAGUGGAGCAGCUAGAGGAAAACGACUAUUACUGCGACAUGCAUUUGGUGCAAAGGUUGAUAUUCGAUGCGAAGCUAACAUACGGCAUCUUCAAUGAAAAAUGGCAUUUUCAACCAAGAGAGGAGCAGCUUUUCAAACGGUUCAACGCCUCUCUGAGAUUCGUCGCCACCAUGAGCGGGCUAACUAGAUGGGAUUAUAUAUUCGGAAAGGAUCCGUCGGAGUAUAAUUCCAAAGGAUCCAAAGAAUUCGGUGAUCAUCAUCCGUACGCCAUUAACGAACAAUGGUACAAAAACGCAGUAUUGCAACAUCAAUACGACGAGUCUUUCGUUUAUUCCGUGCCGUUCGAUGCUGCUCUGAAAGACAAUCCUUUAGUAACGGGAAGUUUCGCCAUUUUCCCGAAAGAAGAAGGCCACGAAGCUCCUGGAUCGGUUGUAGGUUACCAAUUUUCACAGCUGAAUUUACAAGCUGUAUUUAAGGAGACGUCAAACAAACUAUCAAACCAAUGUUCCUACUGCAGUAGAUGCAAUGAUUCGUUAGAUUGUUAUAUAGUGGAUAGUUCUGGAUACAUUAUAACAUCAGAAGAUAGUAAGAAUACCGGUUUAUUCUUCGGUGAAAUAGAAGGUGAUAUAAUGGAAUCGAUGCUUGACGUUGGGUUGUUUAAAGAGGCUACUAUGUACGAUUACCAAGCAUUUUGUAAGAAAAAUAAUGGAUCUGAUGGAGCAUCUGGAGCAUCCUCUUUAUUUGUUCAACCUUUUGUGUACGUUCAAGCGAGCAUAGAAUGGAUCAUGUGGAAAAUAUUUUAUUCCAUCAUGGAGCUCAGUUUCAACAACUUCGAACAUAUAUUUACAUAUGCUCAAGAAGAAUACCCAGAUUACGACAACGAGACAGAUACUAUAGAAGAAGAUGCUUACGAGGAGCCAGAAUUCGACAAUUCGCAAGACGAUUAUUUCGCUUGUGAAACAGAAUUAAAUCUCUACAUUUUGCAACAAGAGCUAUUUAUUGACAACUCGUUCCAAGGGGAAAUACCAAACGAAGGCGGAAGAAAUUAUUAUGUAAAAAGGAUUCCAAAAAGUAAUUUAAUUUUUGUGGCCGUCAACGCGUCGCUUCUAAAAGGCUUGGCCAAAUACACCACAGAACCAACGCCCAUUACAGAAGAGGCCAAUUUCGAAGCGGAGUACAUAAACACAACAUUGCUGCCUUGCCAGAAGUUGUACCUGAACACCAUGCACAGAAGAAGGCUAUCCGGAUGCUACAACGAACACCCAUUGGAACAUGAAAUUAUCGAUUGCGGUAAAGCGACGUUAGCGAAAGCAGCAAACACUCUUCUCUUGAUACCCAUCAUAGCGAAACUAUUCUAAGCAAUUAAAAGUUUUUGUAAUGAUGCUCGAAUUUCUGUUCGCUCUGCUGGUUAAUUUUGCUACAAGCGUGGUCCACGGCAGAUGUCAUUGAUGGGGGACCGCAGCUAAACACUCCGAUCCGCUUCGACUAAAAUAUAAGAUUGUAUCGUUAAUUAUUUGUAUAUAAAUAAUGUUUUCAGUUACUUGCGAAUAAAAAUUGUUGAACUUCUAAACAGCACCUACCGAUUCGUG